CUUUUAUAUAUAGUAUAUUUACGACUUUUCUGACUCAUUUUAUGGACAGCCCUGCUUUUGCAUUGCAUCAAGAUAACAAUAACCUGUUCAGCCACCCUAAUAGAAUAUAAGAUACUUAGUGUAGAGUAUUGUCUCUGUGUUUAAUAAAAGAGCUCAACUCUGAAAAUCUGAGAAAUAAAAUCCCUGAGCCUUUGAAGUCAUAGCCAGGCCUAAAAACUAUUUUCUAGUUUGUUUUACAAGUAAGCAGAGGGAAACCUCACUCUGCAGACGGUCAUGAUACAUGUCACAUGUCAAAAAUAUGGAGGUCUUGGUCAGCUGAUAUGUGUUUGAAAUUUAAUUUUAUAGUCCACAUGUUCUCAAACCAUUUUUCAAAUUACUAUAUCUGCAGAGGACUUCUCAAGUAGUAUAAAAAGUCCAAAAGGUAGGAUUUAGUAGGAGAUAAUUGAAAAAAAUACUGAUGAAGAAGGAUUUUCAGCUAGUUUAUUGUAAGCUCCCGAAGGGCCGGAACAGGGCCACUUUCAUGGGUAGGCCCCUGUUAAUACUAGCUGAAUGCAUGCGGUGGAUUGUGAAUGAUAAGCUGGUCUUUGAGAUUUCAUAUAAAAGUCACCUAGCAGGCUGCUGGAAGGAAAUCCCAAAUAUAUUCUCAGUAGAAGGCUGGGACCUCUUGUUUUUACCCAAUCAGUUUUGUUUAGACAGGAUUGUUCAGUGAUAGCAUGUGUGCCUGAAAUAGAAAUUGCUACUUUGUAUGCCUUGUUGGAAAACUGUGUAUCCCAGCGGGGCCCAUAGAAAUACAUGUCUUAGGAGAGCUGAGCCAUUGACCAAAGGAAGGCCCCCAAACUGUUUGCUGGACUUAAUGGCCUUAAAUGGUCACUAGUCAGUAAAGCCCAGAAACUUUGAAAAAUAAGUUAGUGGUUUACAAGAUAACUAACUAGAGCGCAUAUCUUUGUGAGUAUCUUUCAAGCCUAAAAACAGUUUUCUUUGCCACUGGAUUAUAUAUAUGUUUCAAAGUUUAAUGAAAUUUCCAAGGAAAAAUGAAACACUAGUGAAAAUGCGUUUUUUGGAAUAGAUGUAAAUAUUGGAUAAACAGUGCAUAGGACAGAUAUGGUCCUUGUCCUCAUGUUACAAAAAAACCCUGCUACAUGAAGUGUGGAAGGAGCUGUGAUCCAGUGGUGGAAAUCCAGUGUAGACUCUGAUUUGCUUAUGCUUUUCCUGUUUUCCAUUUCUCUUCCUUCCCUCCCUUCCUUCCUUCUUUCCUUCCCCAAUACUGAGGAUUGAACCCAGGACCUUCACACUGAGCCACAUCUCCAGCCCUUUGAUCAUUGAGAUAGGAUCAAUUACUAAAUUGCCUAGGCUGGCUGAACUUGCAAUCCUCCUUCCUCAGUGUCCCAGAGUGCUGGGCUUACAGGCAUGUACCUACCACACCUGGCUCCCAUUUCAUUUUUAUAUCAAGUAUGGAUUGAGUGGAAUAGCUGUGAUGCGCAAGGCCUGGUACUAAAUAUUGUAAAUAUGAAAUGAUAAACAAGAAAGAUUGGUCUCCUCUUCCACAGAGGACUUUGUCUAAGGACUUCAGAUAUCUGUAGCAAACCAUUUGUCUGUUAGGUAUAGCUUUUGUGGGUUUUCACCGUGUGUUCCCCAGCCCUAACCCGGCCACUGUUCCCUUUUCCCUUUAUUGUUUCAGAGCCCCUUGCUCUCAUAUCCAUUCUCACUGCCAGUGUGUUCAUAGGGUCCCUCCUUGGUGUAUAACUUGUUCCACGUAGUAAAACUGGUUCUGCCUGUGGAUUUAAACCAAAUUGGAUUUUGUAAAGAUUGGCGGCGGUAAGCACACAAUGAAUGAUCACCUGCAUGUCAGCAGCCACAGCCACGGACAGAUCCAGGUUCAGCAGCUAUUUGAGGAUAACAGUAACAAGCGGACAGUGCUCACGACACAACCAAAUGGGCUUACAACAGUGGGGAAGACGGGCUUGCCAGUGGUGCCUGAGCGGCAGCUAGAGAGCAUUCACAGAAGGCAGGGGAGCUCUACCUCCCUAAAGUCCAUAGAGGGCAUGGGGAAGGUAAAAGCCACACCCAUGACGCCUGAACAAGCAAUGAAGCAAUACAUGCAAAAACUAACAGCCUUCGAACACCAUGAAAUUUUCAGCUACCCUGAAAUAUACUUCUUGGGUCCAAAUGCAAAGAAGCGCCAAGGCAUGACAGGAGGGCCCAACAAUGGUGGCUAUGAUGAUGACCAGGGGUCUUAUGUGCAGGUGCCCCACGAUCAUGUGGCUUACAGGUACGAGGUCCUCAAGGUCAUUGGGAAGGGGAGCUUCGGGCAGGUGGUCAAGGCCUAUGACCACAAAGUCCACCAGCAUGUGGCCCUGAAGAUGGUGCGGAAUGAGAAGCGUUUCCAUCGGCAAGCAGCGGAGGAGAUCCGGAUCCUGGAACACUUGCGGAAGCAGGACAAGGAUAACACCAUGAACGUCAUCCACAUGCUGGAGAACUUUACCUUCCGGAACCACAUCUGCAUGACGUUUGAGCUGCUGAGCAUGAACCUGUAUGAACUCAUCAAGAAGAAUAAAUUUCAGGGCUUCAGCCUGCCUUUGGUCCGCAAGUUUGCCCACUCAAUUCUGCAGUGCUUGGAUGCUUUGCACAAAAACAGAAUAAUUCACUGUGACCUUAAGCCCGAGAACAUUUUGUUAAAGCAGCAGGGUAGAAGCAGUAUUAAAGUGAUUGAUUUUGGCUCUAGUUGUUACGAGCAUCAACGUGUCUACACAUACAUCCAGUCUCGCUUUUACCGUGCUCCGGAAGUGAUCCUCGGGGCCAGGUAUGGCAUGCCCAUUGAUAUGUGGAGCCUGGGGUGCAUCUUGGCAGAGCUCCUGACAGGUUACCCCCUCUUGCCUGGGGAGGAUGAAGGGGACCAGCUGGCUUGUAUGAUUGAACUAUUGGGCAUGCCUUCCCAGAAACUGCUGGAUGCGUCCAAACGAGCCAAAAAUUUUGUGAGCUCCAAGGGAUAUCCCCGUUACUGUACUGUCACUACUCUUUCAGAUGGCUCCGUGGUCCUCAACGGAGGCCGUUCCCGGAGGGGGAAACUGAGGGGCCCACCGGAGAGCAGAGAGUGGGGGAAUGCACUGAAGGGAUGUGACGACCCCCUUUUCCUGGACUUCUUAAAACAGUGUUUAGAAUGGGAUCCUGCGGUUCGCAUGACCCCCGGCCAGGCUUUACGGCACCCCUGGCUGCGGAGGCGGUUACCGAAGCCUCCUACCGGGGAGAAGACGUCAGUGAAAAGGAUAACCGAGAGCACUGGUGCUAUCACGUCAAUUUCCAAGUUACCUCCACCUUCUAGCUCAGCUUCCAAACUGAGGACUAAUUUGGCACAAAUGACAGAUGCCAAUGGGAAUAUUCAGCAGAGGACAGUGUUGCCAAAACUUGUUAGCUGAGCUCGGGUCCCCUGAUGCUGGUAAUCUGAAAGAUACGACAUAGCUGAGCCUUACCGGGUUGAAAAGGAGUAGCUCAAAACCUGUUUUUAUUUGCUCAAUAACUCAUUUGUAUCUUUUCAGCACUUAAUUUUAAUGUAUGAAAGUUUUUUGUUUCAUUUUUAUAAAAUACAUGGGGACAAUGCUUUAAGUUUUUAUACUUUCUGAAACUUUUUUUGUGUUCUAAAAGUACGAUGAGCCUUACUGUAUCUAGUGUGGCAGAGUAAUAACAUCAGUGGCAGGCCAUUGAUUAAGUCAUGACUGCCACGCAUUUACAGAUUGGUCAAAGAUAUUCACUAUGUUUUUAUGGUUCCUAUUAUAUUCUCUCCAGGGUGAUAGCCUCCUCUUCUCUCCACACUCCAGGUUCAUGCACAGGCAUAGCAUGUCCUGCUUCCAUUUUCUGUAAAUUAAUCUUGGCAGUUGUGCAGGUAGAAGGAGAAUGGUCAGGAUGAAAACCUUAUUCUAAGAAAAACCGCACCUUAGAGAUGUUUUUUCCCUCAAACAAAUACAAAAUAAGAUCCCCAAAGUUUAAAUUGCCCAGUUAGCAUUCUGACAUUCUAAAAUCCGGCAAAGCAGCAUUUAGUGGAUAAAUGGAAACGGAAAUGUGUGUGUUCCUCCAGAUUUUCUAACACGAUCAGCAAGCUGUUUUGUCAAGAAGCCUCCUAUUACAGAAUUGAGUUUGGACCUAAUUUUAGAAAUGUAUUCCACGACUCUUCCUCACUUCUGUUUGCUCUUCUCUCUGUUCCUCUUUUAUCACACAUCUGUUGCCUGCGUUUAGUUUGUCUUCUUCCUUCAGUCGUAUGUCCCAGACUGUUAAUACAGAAAGAGACAUUCAGCUGUGAUUAUGACCAUCAUUUCAUAUUCCAGUAUAAAAAAAGAACAGUCUAGCUACUUAAGAUGGGGAUUUCCAUAGUUCCAAAGAAGAUUUAGCAGAUUAGAGUGAGUUCAUAUGUUUUAGGUGCCACUGUAAGGUUCCCUUAGCCCGGGAAAAUAUCAGCUCUUUCUUUAAAAAGAAAGAAGGUUGAAAGUCCUCUUCAUGAACAGAAAUCACUGUGGUCCUUCAAUAAGACAAUUUUAACAUCACAUUUAAAGGGGAGAACUUCAACCUCAAGUUAAAUGGUUUGACUUCUUCUUUGCAUUAGAAGAACCACAGAAAUUGCAUUCCUCUGUUUUAUUUUACUUCCUUUUGGAUUGCACUGAUUGUUUUUGUGGGAAUGACACUUUACCUGGAAAAGUAACUGAGAGAUAAAAGAAUAUUUUCUCUGAAUAAUAAUUAUUUUCACAGUGAAAAUUUCAGUAUUUUAUCACUAAUGUAUGAGCAGUGAUAUACGUAUAUCAAUUUCAAGGCACGUGGAAAAAUUUUUUAGUAUGUGCAAUUUAAUAUAGAAAGAUUUCUGCCUGUUUGAACAAUAGGUUUUGGGUAGUAUAAAUUAGAAUAAAUAAUCUUUUAUAUCCACAGAUAUUAUUGUAUUGCCUGUAAAUUGAUUUGCAAAUACUUAAAGCAUGGUCCCCAGUGAGGCCAAGAAAGUUUCCGGUUAAGUUCUUUUCAUAUUAACCCUACAGUUUCUCUUACUUUAAAAAAAAAAAUGUAGUUUUGAACAAAACAUUUUACUUAUCUUGAGGCUUUGCUGGUUGAUGGUGGAAAAUAUAUGCUCAGGUAAUAUUUCAGAUAUUUGCCAAAAAACAGUAAUAAGAUUAGCUUAUUAAUAUAGUAAUAUUGAUAUUUGCUUUACUAUUUAAGGAUGUCACUGAUAAAUUAAUUUGUACUUCUGUAUUUAGAAAUUAUAGCUUAUUUCCCCUAGUCAGAAUCUUUAGCGUGUUAUACACAUUUCUGUGUAAUCUGUGAAAGUGCAAUAAUUUUAGUAAGUUGCAUUUUAAACAAUGCUCUUAUAAUGACAUCCCAAUCAGUGGCUUAUAGGACUUAAAGAUUUGUGUGUUUAUUAAGAUUCUGGCUUAAAGGUGUAAGAAGUGUAAGACUUGGUUUGGUGGCUUUCUACAACCACAAGCCUCUUAAUAGUCAUUAAGGUUAGUUCUUUAGCGCAUUAUAAAGACUGUUUCCCCCUUGCCAUUAAUGUUCCUCUUCCAUUUCCACUCUCAUUUUCACAUUUAAGUUUAAAAAUGUGAACCUGAGCCUGCCAUUAUUUAUUUCCCUGUAAAAUGAUUAUACAUGUGAAAUUUUAUAAAUGUACUAAUAGUAUUUGUCUUUACCCACCACACAAAACUGGUUCUUAAGAUGCCAGCAAUGCAUUUGUGACUAUCUUUAUUCACAGAUGCAACCGGAAACUUUUGCGCCAAAAUAUAAUGUGCAGUGUUAUGGGACGUUUUUUUUCUUUUUGGUCCAAUACAGUGAGAUUUCCUUUAUUCCCAAGAGCCACUGUAUUUCAGCAUUUAGUGAUAGAACUGCUUUUAAAAAAUUCUUGGAUUGUAAUGUCAAAAACAGAAAAAUGUUACAUCUUUGUGAUUUUUAAAGGUAAAUAAAGGGCUCUCUGAUAGGCUACUAGGAAUUGGCUUGGAAACAGUCCUUCGUCUCACAGGUUACCAUUGUCUAGGGAUGUCUGAGCUGUUUUCAGAUUUAGGAAUAGCACAGUGUCGUCUUGUCUUUGGUUGCAGUCUCAUUUGGCUCCGUUUCUUGCAGCACCUGAGUGUUCAUUACCACUUAAGUGCAUUGCUACAACAGUGGAACAACGGUGAUGCAAGACGGUGUAGAUUAACAGUAGAGGAGAAAUUGUGCCCUUAGUGUUAACAAUGUGCCUUUUGUUCUGAAUGCCAUGUUGUAGGGCAUGCAUUUUUUGGCCUCUUUAACUCUUCGAAUACUAGGCAGUAAGAAUGGAACCCACCUCUGCAAAGAUACAUCUGUCUUAAAUACCUAGUUACAGGCCUUAAUACAAACCAUAAGGCAUGGAUUAUCAACAGGCGCUGAAGAAGAUAACCAUCGGUUAGUUGCACAGGUAAUUCCUAUAUUUAAGGGGUUAAAGAUGGUCUUUAUUGUAUCUUAACAUCAGACUGAUUUUUUAAAUAUUUUUUGUUAUGCUAACACUAGACAAAAAUCAACUGUAUUUGUAAAAAUUUACCUCAAACCAUUUAAUUUUAUAGUGUGAUUAAUCCCAGGGCAUUUGGUAUGAACCAAAGUGCAUUCCUUUUAUAUGUGCCUGGCUCUAGUAAGGAUGGCCAGGGAUUUUUACAAUUUGGGUGCAAGGCACUUAAGCCACUUUUAAACUUAAUGGGUGGUUUGGAGUCAUGUUAAAUGACUCCAUCAGAAUGUUAGAAAACACUUUAGGCAUCAGUAGCAUUGGGCCAUAUUGGAAUCUUAAAGUGUGAAUUAUUUUAAAGAGAGCAUUCAUUUUUGUAAUUUUUUUCAUCAAGAAUAUUUCUGGUAAGCAGAAGACUUUUUAAAAAGCUGAUUUGGUUGGUAAAGGUUUUAAUAUUGCCCAAUAUAAUGCUGUGGUAGCAUUUAAAAAAGUAUUUGUGAACUUUGUUUCUUAGGGGCUUGUACAUCUCUCUGCUAUGGACAUAUAUAAAAUUAAUUGUGAUUAUACUCAGCUCAACUGCUACAGUUAAGUCUAGGCAGUGGCUUGGGUUUUUAUCGAGCACCAACUUAGACAUGUGACUGUAAUAUGCUGCAACUGUGUGUACUGAAAAUAUGUGAAAAUGGUUGAAUGUGGACUGUGUAUAUAUGUAUGUAAAAAUUUCUGUGAGAUGCUGCUGUCGCCACUUAACAUGGAAAAUGUUCUAGUGGAUUUUAAUCCUAGUGGCCAGUUCUAUGAUACUGUAUGUAUUGUACAGCUGAUGACAGGAGUAAGACUGUUUAGUGAAUAUUUGUUAAAUUUUAUUGUUGUGGCCAGAGAUAAUUUCAGAAUAAAAUUUUAAUGUCCUACCUUACUUUUCUCCCCUUUUCUAACUAUAAUUUAACUCCUAAUCUAUUUCUGGUAUCAUUCUUGGUCUGUUAUCCUGGAGAGAGUUUAGAAUUAAAUAGUUCUGUAUCAUUGGAUUGAGAUGUAAAAGUAGUUUGCUCAUCAGCAGUUAAAUUAUUGGUUGAAUAUAAAUAUGCAAAUUCCAAUUAAGGAAGACUAAAGUUUUAGUAUGCAGCUCUUGCUUUUCUCAGGUUAUUCUAUUUUAAUAUUUUUUUUAAUUUUUUGAUAAUUAGCACUGCCAUGUUUUCUACUGUGCUAGAACUUCAAAUCUUUUUUUCUUUUAACCUUAAGGUGGUAGUUAGCUGUGGGAGCAGAGUCAAUCAAUUCUUCCCCACCAGUCUUUAUUCUUUCCUGUGCACAAGUUCUGGUAAAUUAUUCUAUGUGCUGUCCCCAGCUCCACCCAGUGCUUUUUAUAAUGUGGGUCCUUUUGCAGAUUUUGUACUUGGUGUUUUUUAUGAUUCACACUUUGGAGAUUUUUGUCGUGCCUGGGUCAGGAAAUAAGGCCUAUGAACUGCAACCAGCUCAUGAUGUGUCAAGUUCAGUUAACAGCGAGCUAAGAAUUUACUUAUCGAUGAUGGCAAGCAGAUGCUCUAGUAAUUUGUCAGACAUUGCAGGGAUAUUACAUAGACAAAUAUUUCUCAUGUGGAAAGAACUACCUCACAUUUUUAUUUACAUCCCUCCUGCCAUCGAUAGCAGAGGAAUUCUUAACUGUGGUUUCCUGCAUCAGUGAUGAGAUUUACUAAAACCAAGGCAAUAUAUGCAGUGAGAGUUCCUCAGCUCAGCUUUCAUCUUAUAGCCUAUACCAGUGGGGGUGCACCUGUCGCACACAUGCUGCAGCCUGCUGUUUCUUAUUGAAAGCUCUAAAAGGUUCACCAUCACUGGCCUAUACUGUGUGUCCCAUUUUUUUCUUCUCAAAGAUUAAACCUAGUGCAAACAAAAACUCAACCAACCAAAAGCAAAGCAAAACAAUGUAAUUAGAAAUAACAUUUUUUAAGAGCUGAAAAUUAUAAAAUUGGAAGUUGGUGGAAAAGAAGCAAUUUACAAGGUAUUGUCCAGAUCUGACUCAAGACAGAGUAUAUUUCCCAUUCAUUCUCUUUCCAUUUAUUGCAUCUUUCAAUGCUUUUUCUUGUAAAUCUUAUACUCUAUUUAAAUCUUUAUAAUCAUUUCCCUAUACAACUAUACAAGUAAAUAUUUUUGCAACUUCAAUCGCCUUUAAACCUGCAUUGGAGAAUGUUAGCUGACAUUAGUAUUAGUCUUUUAAAGAAGGGGAAAUUGGUUUUAUUACUUUUCUGUUUUGGAAAGAAGAAGAAUCUGAAAAAAGUAUUUGUGGCUUUGUUUCAUUCUUGUGUUUAUGUUUUAAAAAUUUGAAUUACACUGUUUCCUUUGGGCCAGUAGGCAAAUAAACACUUGUCAUUAAGGCUGUCCCAAAUGGAAAAUGACUGCCAGUGUGUUGCACACACGUAAGAAAAUUGCUUCUUAGUGCAAAGUCUUUGAUUUAUUUGGUUUGAUUUUCUGUCUUGCUAUGAUCAUAUCCUUAAUAUUGGUGGUACAUUUCAUAUACAUAGGGGGCAUAAUUACCCUUUCCUUGCAUCUUGAGGAAGUUUAAUGAGGAAACUAAUGAAUUAAUAUUUAAUCUUCUGAUAUCUUAGGGGAGUAUUAACUACCCAUUGUAGUAAAAAGCAACAAGAUGUCUUAUGUUUGCAUCACCUGUUCCACAACAUUUGCUCCUUGCAAAGAAAGCUUCACAGACCUCACUGUGAACAUCAGUUUAACAUCAUAUGUUCCUUUAAGCCAUAAUUAUUCUCACUUAAUAUUUGAAGAAACGAGUUGCUCUGAAGUGACUUUGUAAAAACUACCAUUUGAGGUUUAGGCUAUAAUCAGGUAACUUAGUAAAAUCUGCAGUCAUGUGUAGUACGCAGAAAUUUUAAAAAGGGAGGGAAUUUGUGCUAGCAAUGGGCAUUUCUAGUAUUUACGUGAUUUUUCCAGGAAUAGUUUUCAAAUGGGACAAACUACAAACAAUUGAGCACUAAAGCAUCUUAGUCUCUUUAGGUACACCUAAUAAGUUUAAAUACUUUUGUGCACACCCCUCAGUUAAUUUGUAGAAGAGUGACUUGCAUUGCCUCUUCACUUUCUGUAUUCUUCUACUUUUUUUCACAUUUGAGUAUAUGAAAAUACUAUUUUUUGACACUUUAUUGAAUCUCAGGGAUUAAAGGAUGAAUUUUACUUACUAUAGCAGUAGGUAAAUCUCUUAAAUUCAAACUCAGGUUUCCUAUCUUUUGCCUCCAUAUCUUAAGAAAAUAAAGAAUGGCUGCCAGGGAAAUAUAGAGAAAAGUUUUAGAUACAAUUUAAAAAUACAAGAUUGUAAAUAAACCAAUUUUACAAACUAAAA